AAUAGUGUUUGAUUUGAGGUUGUUUUUGUGCAACUAGCACUUUAAAUUUAGCAAUUUUAUUGCUACAAUUAAGUAGUUCUUAUAAUCUUGAACAAAUACCAAUUAUUUGAGUUAUUAAAGUACAAAAUGGUGUUUCUGACUGUAACUAAUUUAAUUCGCGUUCGUGGGCCUGAUGAAAUUUGGAGAAAAAGAAAAAUAUUCAGAUUAGCUGCUGCCUUUAUUGGGCGUCGCAGAAAUUGUUAUUCUGUGGCCGUCCGUAAUGUUCAUCGUGCUUUGGUCUAUGCUACAAAAGCACGCAAAUUAAAGAAAGAAGAUAUGAAAGAACUGUGGAAUACUCGGAUAACUGCUGCUUGUGAGCAGCACAAUAUAAGCACGUUUACUUUGAAAGAAGGUUUAGAUCGCUCUAAUAUUAUGCUUGAUCGUAAGUCUUUGUCAGACUUAGCAGCAUGGGAACCACGUACAUUUGAAUGUCUUGCAGCAGUAGCACAAAAGAAGUUGGAAAUUGAUGGAUUUAUAGACGGGGCUGACAAAAAACAUCCUACCGGAGUUAAUUUGAAUCUUAAGGAUGUAAUGUUAGAACAAUGGUUAAAAGAAAAGAAGUAGCUUUUAUUAUUUUAGUAAAUAUUUUUAAGGUAGUGAAAUAAAUAUCAUUAGU